ACGUAGGAAACGCUACAGAUUGCCCUUCCAAAGAUGGCCGGUCAAGGAGGCAGCAGUAGGGUACUUGACAAGGUGGCGAAUCUUUUAAGUAGAGAGAGCAAAAAGCCGGUGCUGAAACCUAACAAACCUCUGGUGCUGCAGGAUAGGGUCGCCGAAAGACGGCCCCGCCGUGGAGAAGUUGCAUGCAUCACAGAAAUGUCCGUGAUGAUGGCCUGUUGGAAGCAAAAUAACUUCAGCAACGCCGCCUGUGCCAGUGAGGUGCAAUCUUUCUUCCAGUGUACAGCCCAGGCAGAGGCAAAGAGAAAGACUGAUCUUGAGCAGCAAAGGAAAGAACAAGGAGGUCGUCUAUUACCAAAGCAAGCCAAUAAGCUUCUGAAAAAAUACCCAAAUAUUCUUUCUGAGAUAUAAGUGCUAACAUAAUGUGUUUUAAGUUGGAGAGGACAGAAAGAUCUGAGCUCUGACUUCACAAAAAAGUAGCCUGUACAGGAAAUACUGUAAAGGAGAGCUCUGGAACUGAGGUGCCCCUGUGGUUGUUCAUUCCUUGUGCUGCAUAAUGCUGCAGUUUUUGAACCUACAGUGGAAAUAUGUGGAUAAUAGGAUAUCAGACUUUUUGCACAUAAUAUAUUGCUGAUAAGUUUGAAUGUACAGCAGAGCAGUAAUUACUGCAGACAUUUUGUAAAUUGAGUGAGAAUAAAACUAAAAAAAGCCAAGA